AUGGCACGAAGGCUCCGCUGGCGUGACACUGUUGGCAUUCAUCUCCCCGGCGAGCGCGAUGAUUGUGCCGCUGUUGUUCAGAAGCUGUUCCAUGGUGUGAUUAACAAAGCAGAGGGAGAUGAUGAUAGAGCUUCCAAGCCUCCAGCCCAGGGCAAGACCUCACCCGUUAAGUCACUGCAGAAUGGCAGCCCCUCCAAAUGCCCCCGCUUCAUGAAGAUCAGGAACUGGGAGACUGGCACCGUCUACAGCGACAUCCUCCACCACAACUCCAGCAAGAUGCCAAUCUGCACAGAAGAUGUGUGCAUCGGCUCCGUGGUGAUGCCCAACCAGCACGCCCGCAAACCAGACGAGGUCAGAACCAAAGAGGAGCUUCUUCCGCUGGCCACUGACUUCAUAGACCAGUACUACACCUCCAUCAAAAGGUAUCGCUCCAAGGCACACGUGGACCGGCGAGAGGAGGUGACCAAGGAGAUCGAAGCUUCAGGAACUUAUCAGCUGAAGGACACUGAGCUGAUUUACGGGGCCAAACACGCCUGGAGGAACGCUGCCCGAUGUGUGGGGAGGAUCCAGUGGUCCAAACUACAGGUUUUUGACGCCAGAGACUGCACAACAGCCCAUGGAAUGUACAACUACAUCUGUAACCACAUCAAGUACGCCACCAACAAAGGCAACCUGAGGUCGGCCAUCACCAUAUUCCCUCAGAGGACAGAUAACAAACACGACUUUCGAGUGUGGAACAGUCAGCUGAUUCGUUAUGCAGGCUACAAGCAGCCCGACGGGCAGAUCCUGGGAGACCCCGCUAAUGUUGAAUUCACAGAGAUCUGCAUGCAGCUCGGAUGGAAAGCUCCGAAGGGUCGUUUUGAUGUCCUGCCCCUCCUGCUGCAAGCCAACGGGAAUGACCCCGAGCUGUUCGAGAUCCCCGAAGACCUUGUUCUGGAGGUGCCGAUCACACACCCAAAGUACGAGUGGUUCAAAGACCUGGACCUGAAGUGGUACGGGCUCCCGGCAGUUUCCAACAUGUUGCUGGAGAUCGGUGGUCUGGAGUUCACUGGCUGCCCCUUCAGUGGCUGGUACAUGGGCACAGAGAUUGGCGUGAGGGACUUCUGCGACAGCUCACGCUACAACAUUCUGGAGGAGGUCGCUAACAAGAUGGCCUUAGACACCAGGAAGACUUCGUCCCUUUGGAAAGACCAGGCGCUGGUGGAGAUUAACAUUGCUGUUCUCCACAGCUUCCAGUCUUGCAAAGUGACCAUCGUAGACCAUCAUUCAGCCACAGAGUCCUUCAUGAAGCACAUGGAGAACGAGUACCGGGUUCGGGGAGGUUGUCCUGGAGACUGGGUCUGGAUCGUGCCUCCAAUGUCGGGAAGCAUCACGCCUGUUUUUCACCAAGAGAUGCUCAACUACCGCCUCACCCCUUCCUUUGAGUACCAGACUGAUCCUUGGAACACCUACGUGUGGAAAGGAGUCAACGGGACACCCACAAAGAAGAGAGCCAUUGGAUUCAAGAAGCUUGCCAAGGCUGUGAAGUUCUCGGCGAAGCUCAUGGGCCAAGCCAUGGCCAAGAGGGUUAAAGCCACCAUACUGUUCGCCACAGAGACGGGCAAAUCGCAAGAUUAUGCCAAAACUCUGUGUGAAAUCUUCAAGCACGCCUUUGACGCAAAGGUCAUGUCCAUGGAUGAAUAUGAUGUGGUCGACCUGGAGCACGAGACACUGGUUUUAGUGGUGACCAGCACCUUUGGAAACGGAGAUCCGCCUGAGAAUGGAGAGAAAUUUGGAGCUGCCUUAAUGGAAAUGCGCCACCCGACAUCCAACACAGAGGACAGAAAGAGCUACAAGGUCCGUUUCAACAGCGUGUCCUCUUACUCUGAUACUCGGAAGUCCUCCAGCGAUGAACCAGAGGCCAGGAUUAGCUUUGAGAGCACUGGACCUCUUGCUAAUGUCAGGUUCUCAGUGUUUGGCCUUGGCUCCAGGGCCUACCCACACUUCUGCGCCUUUGCCCACGCUGUGGACACGCUGUUUGAAGAGCUGGGGGGUGAGCGCAUCCUACGCAUGGGAGAAGGAGAUGAGCUGUGUGGCCAGGAGGAGUCAUUCAGAACAUGGGCCAAGAAAGUUUUUAAGGCUGCCUGCGACGUGUUCUGUGUUGGCGACGAUGUGAACAUUGAGAAGGCCAACGACUCCUUGAUCAGCAACGAUCGUAGCUGGAAGAAGAGCAAGUUCCGCCUGACGUACACAGCCGAGGCGCCGGCCCUCACCGAAGCGUUGUAUAACAUUCACAAGAAGAGAGUUUAUGGAGCAAAGAUGCUUGAAUCGCAAAACUUACAAAGUCCCAAAUCCAAUCGCUCCACCAUAUUUGUGCGGCUCCACACAAACAACCACGACAGCCUGAGCUACAAGCCCGGCGACCAUCUGGGCAUCUUCCCUGGCAACCACGAGGACCUGGUGACAGCUCUCAUAGAUAAGCUGGAGGACGCUCCGCCUGUCAAUCAAAUAGUCAAAGUGGAGUUCCUGGAGGAGAGGAACACGGCUCUAGGUGUGAUCAGUAACUGGACAAAUGAGACUCGUAUCCCUCCCUGCACCAUCUUCCAGGCUUUCCAGUACUUCCUGGACAUCACCACUCCGCCGAGCCCCGUGCUGCUGCAGCAGUUCGCUGCUCUGGCAACCAAUGACAAACAGAAAAAGAAACUAGAGAUCCUCAGUAAGGGCUUACAGGAGUACGAGGAGUGGAAGUGGUACAACAAUCCCACGCUGGUGGAGGUGCUGGAGGAGUUCCCCUCCGUCCAGAUCCCCUCCACUCUGCUGCUCACCCAGCUGCCCUCGCUCCAGCCCCGCUACUACUCCAUCAGCUCGUCUCCGGACCUGCACCCAGGAGAGAUCCACCUCACCGUGGCCGUGGUCUCCUAUCAUGCCAGAGAUGGAGGGGGGCCGAUCCACCAUGGAGUGUGUUCGUCGUGGCUCAACAGGAUAGAGAAGGGGGAGAUGGUGCCGUGCUUCGUCCGAGGUGCACCAUCAUUCCAACUCCCCAGAGACAGCCAAGCACCGUGUAUCCUGGUGGGUCCAGGAACCGGCAUCGCCCCAUUCAGAAGCUUCUGGCAGCAGAGACUAUAUGACCUUGAGCACAACGGGAUUGAGUCGUGCCCCAUGAUCCUGGUGUUCGGCUGUCGGCACUCUGAGAUGGACCACAUCUACAAGGAGGAGACCAUCCAGGCCAAGAACAAAGAGGUGUUCAAGGAGCUCUACACGGCCUAUUCCAGAGAACCCGGCAAACCAAAGAAAUACGUACAGGAUGUACUGCGCGAGCAUCUGUCAGAGACAGUGUACCAGUGCCUGAGGGAGGAAGGUGGACACAUCUAUGUGUGCGGGGAUGUUACGAUGGCCGGAGAUGUUCUCAAGACUGUCCAGCAAAUCAUCAAGCAGCAGGGCAGCAUGAGCCUGGAGGAUGCCGGCUUCUUCAUCAGCAAGCUGCGGGAUGAGAACCGCUACCACGAGGACAUCUUCGGCGUCACCCUGCGCACCUACGAGGUCACCAACCGGCUUCGUUCGGAGUCCAUCGCUUACAACGAGGAGAGCAAAAAAGACUCAGAUGAGGUUUUCUGCUUGUAGGUCGAUGAAUCAGGAGGCUUUCUGACAACAACCAGUCAAGACGACACAGCGACGCUGGUUAAAGAAAUACUGUGCAAUUUUUUGUACUGUAAAAAAACAAA